AGGACGGAAGCACCAAGUCGCUGGAAUCCUCUGGAGUCGUCGUCGGUGGAAAUUUAAAGAUGUAUGGCCCAGUUUGUUGCGGCCGCAGGGUGCGCGCCACUUGCAAAUUUGAAUCGGGCCGGCUUGCAGGUAAGUAAGUUCAUGGUGGAUUGCGUAGGAUGGUAACAUUAUCAUCUGUUUGCUUUGUUUACAUUUUCAAAUUGCCAAAUGUUUACAAAGUCUUUAAAUUUAAAUUUAAUAUUGCUUUUUAUUUCUCUUUACAGGUACCCCCGCCAGAAGGACGGAAGCACCAAGUCACUGGAGACCUCAGGAGUCAUUGCCGGUGGAGAAUUGGGGAUGUUUGGCCCAAUUUGUUGCAGUCGCAGGGUGCGCGCAACUUGCAACAUUUGAGUUGGACCAGCGUUGCAGACACUCCGCCAGUUGUCAACAUUGAGGUUCCGAUGUGGAUCCCGCGCUGCCGUUAUUGCGGUCAUUUUAGAGUUGCUGGCAACGUUUGGCGGUGGAGUCUGCCUGAAUUUGGGCAGGAAACUCAUCGCUUUAAGUGGAUUCGUUACGCUCUACGUCUGCCAAUAAGCUGCCAACCCGUUCUCUGGUUUUUUCUCCAGUUGUCAGAACACGUUGUCCAGAACGCUGUCAGUUCCCGCGCCGCCGUCUCGUUGCAAGGUCCGAAAAGUUUCUGCAUCUCAGCUAGUGUCCUUCAGGAAUCGGCAGGGAGGUCAUCAUUGAUUUGAAGUCGUCAGAAUUGCCGCUUUCGUAGGCCAUCUCGCCAGGAAUAGAGGAGCAUCUUAUAAUCGCCGGGCCAAAAUGCUUUGCCGUAGGCCGCCGCUCGAGAAAGUCCAUGGAAUUGGAUGUAGA